UCAACUCUUCCUUUACAUCUUGUUUAACAUAUAAUGAACAUAAACAAUAACAUGGAAGAAAAAAUGAGCAUGGAGUUAGCACCACCCCCUGAACAUCUUUGUUAUGUUCGUUGUAACUUCUGCAACACUGUUCUUGCGGUUGUAAUUCCAUACAAGAGGUUGAUGGAGACGGUAACAGUUAAAUGUGGGCAUUGUGGAAAUGUAUCUUUUUUGAGCACUAGGCCUCCUCUCCAAGGCCAAUGUCUAGACCGCCAAAUUACUCUUCAGGGCUAUAAUUUCUUGGAGAAGUCAGGAGGAUUUUGCAAUAGCAUUGAUCAUCACAUCAACAAGAAAGUCCAACCAUCUUCGUCUUCCUCUUCUGCGUCAACUCAGCCUGAUUCACCAAGGCCAUUUGUUGUUAAACCUCCAGAGAAGAAGCACAGGCUUCCAUCGGCUUACAAUAGGUUUAUGAAGGAGGAGAUACAGCGCAUCAAAGCAGCAAAUCCGGAAAUUGCUCACAGGGAGGCUUUUAGCACUGCCGCUAAGAAUUGGGCAAGGUUUCUUCCGCACUCUCCAGCUGGAUCACUUGCAGGGAGCAGCAAAACCAAUUAAUCAAACCAAGAAAAGAAGAUAACUUUUGAUCGACUAGAUCCCGCUUAGCUGAAUUUGAUCGACUAGUUUUAUGUUCAAAAAUAUGUACGUAUUGUUCACUUGAAGUAACUUAGUAGAUGUAGAUGAGAUGAUGUAGUGGUUUGUAAGUUGUAAGUUGUAAGUUUUAAGUUAAAGGACAUCUUAGUUAAGUUUUAAAUUGAGUUGUAUUCUGAGUUUAAGUCAUCCAUUUCAAUUAUUUAUUAGAUUAUCGAGUUUAAUUUCAU